UCAUCCACCCAGAAGCCUCUGACCCCAGCCUGCUGAGAAGCCUCAGAGAAGAAGGCUCAGUGGGGCAGCUCUGAGUUGGGCCUCACUCUCCUAUUGCAGGGGAGGACGGCGUGGGAGAAGAUCAGUGGCCUGAGAAGUACCCUGACUGUGGCGGGGCAAGGCAGUCGCCUAUCGACGUGAAGAGGAGGAAUGUGCAUUACAAUAGCUAUUUGAAGCCCCUGCUCAUGGUGAACUAUGAUGAGAACCUGGACCUCCCGGUGGUUAACAACGGGCACACAGUGGAGCUCACCCUGCCGCACACCAUGCACAUGACAGACUCUGACGGCACUGUGUACGCCGCAGAGCAGAUGCACUGCCACUGGGGCGGGAACUCAGAAAUCAGUGGCUCCGAACACACCAUUGAUGGGAUCAGGAGUAUGAUGGAGAUUCACAUCGUUCACUACAAUAAGAAGUACGGGAGCUAUGAGGAAGCCAAGGACAAAGAAGACGGCUUGGCAGUGGUAGCGAUCUUGGUCAAGGUUAAGGAGUACGACGAAAAUACGUACUACAGCACCUUCAUUUCUGAGCUGAAAAACAUCAAGUAUCCAGGACAAACCACCACUCUGAAAAACAUUAACAUUCGGAACCUGAUGCCUGAGGACAUCGGCCAGUAUUACACCUACCCAGGCUCGCUCACCACGCCCCCCUGCACGGAGAACGUCAAGUGGUUUAUCUUCCGUGAUUACGUCUUUAUCUCCAAGGUCCAGGCUGUGACCAUAGAAAAUUCUGUCGUGGAUUACAACAACAAGACCAUUCAAAAUGGUUACCGCCACACACAGCCCCUCUACAACAGGACGGUGGAAGCCAAUUUCCAAUACUCCUCUGGUGAAUGCUGUAGGUACCCCGCUCACACAAAAAACCAGCAGGAGAGUAUUCCACACGGUUGGAAAGUGAAGAAAAUAAAGAAAGUCCACCAUCAUUGAGCCGGAGAUGACACGAGGCCGAGGGCUCACCCUGCCCCUUUCCUAAGGAAUCCUGGAAUGUGGGUCUCCUUGCUGCCUGCGGCAAGUCUCUGAUUGACCUGGAGGGAGUUCUCAUCCAUGAGAGGAAGUGGAGCUACAUCUGCCAGAAGAGGAGGGAUGGGGGUGAGAGAGAAAAGACUUGGACGGAUGUGCAAGGAUCAAGCCUUCCAUAAUCCCCUGUCAAUCAUUCACCUAAAUUUGGGGUCUGCAGAUGCAGUGCACGGUAGAGAGCUUGUCAUGAUCUUAGGUUUGAUAACCAGCACCAAAAAAAGGAAAAUCAUUCACCUUGAUCUACGUUAUAAAUCAGCCCGAACUUCCCUUUAGCAUUUAGAUGUAAUAAAGUGAUUUUGAAAUUUUUCAUUUUUAAA